GAUGAUAAUUUGAUAAGCAGCUUGCCGGAGGGACUUGGCAAAUUGCCGCAGCUGCAGGAGCUCUCUAUGACAAGCAAUCGCAUACGCUGGAUAAACGAUACGGAACUGCCGCGCAGCAUGCAAAUUUUAGAUAUGCGCGCGAAUCCUUUAUCCACGAUCACUGCGGGCGCCUUUCGUGGCAUGUCCAAGAUGCGAAAGCUUAUACUCUCCGAUGUACGCACUUUGCGUAGCUUUCCUGAGCUGGAGGCCUGCCAUGCGCUGGAGAUACUUAAACUGGAUCGUGCAGGCAUUCAGGAGGUGCCAUCGAAUCUGUGUCGUCAAACGCCAAGACUGAAGAGUUUAGAACUUAAAACCAAUUCCCUGAAAAGCAUCCCAAAUUUAAGUAGCUGCAGAGACUUAAGGCUGUUAGAUCUAUCGAGUAAUCAAAUUGAGACGUUACAAGGACGACCUUUCCAUGGACUUAAACAGCUGCACGACUUGCUGCUCUCCUAUAACCGCAUCAAGGCACUGCCGCAGGAUGCCUUCCAGGGCAUACCCAAGCUCCAGCUGCUCGAUCUGGAGGGCAAUGAGAUAGCUUACAUACACAAGGAUGCGUUCGCUGCCUUCACCGGUCUCGAGGAUCUCAAUUUGGGCAAUAAUAUAUUUCCACAGCUGCCGGAGGCAGGCUUGCGUGGCUUGCUGCACUUGAAGACUUUUAACAAUCCAAAACUACGUGAAUUCCCACCGCCCGAUACGUUUCCACGCAUCCAAACGCUGAUUCUAUCGUAUGCGUAUCACUGUUGCGCCUUUCUGCCUCUAGUGGCAAUGUCUGCACAGCGUAAGACCUCCCAGGUCCAAGAGGCUGUGCUCUUCCCCUCUGAUGCGGAGUUCGAUAUGACAUUGUGGAACAACAGCAUGAUGAACAUUUGGCCACAGAUGCAUAAUCUCAGCAAGCAGCUGGGCGCUGCCAUGCACGACUUGUGGGAUUCGCCGAUGAACAACUACAAUUUGAAUGAGGAUGUGCAGCAGACACCGACGGGCAGUCAGUUGGCCAACAGCUAUAUGGAGGAGUACUUUGAGGAGCAUGAUAUGAGUGCGCCCGGCACUGGCUACGGCUUAGGCACCGGUCUCUUUAGUGGCAUUACGGCCGAUGACUUUCAACCGGGCUCGGUGCAGUGUCUGCCCAUGCCGGGUCCAUUCCUGCCCUGCGCCGAUCUCUUCGACUGGUGGACUCUGCGCUGCGGCGUUUGGGUUGUCUUUCUGCUCGCUUUGCUCGGCAACGGCACCGUGGUCUUUGUGCUCAUCUGCUCCAGAUCGAAAAUGGAUGUACCCCGAUUUCUGGUCUGCAAUCUGGCUGCUGCGGACUUCUUUAUGGGCAUCUAUUUGGGCAUUUUGGCCAUUGUCGACGCAGCUACAUUGGGCGAAUUUCGCAUGUUUGCAAUACCUUGGCAAAUGUCGUUGCUCUGCCUGUUUGCUGGAUUUCUCGCCGUGCUGAGCUCCGAGCUAUCUGUCUAUACGCUGGCAGUGAUAACGCUCGAGAGGAACUAUGCAAUUACACAUGCAAUACAUUUGAAUAAGAGGCUAUCGCUGCGACAGGCGGGCUACAUUAUGAGCGUUGGCUGGAUCUUUGCGUUCUGCAUGGCGCUGUUGCCACUGUUGGGCGUCUCCGAUUAUCGCAAGUUUGCCGUCUGUCUGCCCUUUGAGACGACCACGGGCGUGGCCAGUUUAACUUAUGUGAUCAGCCUGAUGUUCAUCAAUGGCUGCGCCUUUCUCACCCUGAUGGGCUGCUAUCUGAAGAUGUAUUGGGCCAUACGCGGCAGUCAGGCCUGGAAUACGAACGAUUCGCGCAUUGCCAAGCGGAUGGCUUUGCUGGUCUUUACGGACUUUCUCUGCUGGUCACCGAUUGCAUUCUUUUCGAUAACGGCUAUUUUUGGACUGCAGCUCAUCUCGCUGGAGCAGGCGAAGAUCUUUACGGUCUUCGUUUUGCCGUUGAACAGUUGCUGCAAUCCCUUUCUCUAUGCCAUCAUGACCAAGCAGUUCAAGAAGGAUUGCGUGACGCUCUGCAAGCACUUUGAGGAGACGCGCGUUAUAGGCGGCGGUGGAGCCGCUGCCGGUGCUGCCAAUACUGCGCGUGCCGCUCGAGGCAAGCGCGCUGGUGGAGAGCUGCCCCCGCCCCUUCUACCCGCAGCUGCUGCAGUAGCUCAUCCACCGGGUUGCCGCUGCCUGCGCAUGUUGCCCAGCGAGAUGCCCAACUGGCAUAAGAUGGAACAGACGCCGACGUUGUGGCAACGCUUGAAGCGUCUCUGCUGUGGCCAGCGGCAGCGACGCAAGCAGCGCCGGCAACCACAACAACGACGUCAAAGGGCCUACACAGCCGCAGCAGCUAAUCCGUAUGAGUAUCAAUUUGCGGAGCUGCGACAACAGCGCAAAAACCGAGCCAGCUCCAUAUCCAGCGAGAAUUUCUGCAGCUCCCGCAGCUCCAGCUGGCGACAUGGCACCAACUCUUCGACGCCAGCGCCGCAGUCCAAUUGCAGCAUGCCUCUGAAGCUAAUGGACCCGGUACAGGGUCAUACGCAUGGCAGGCGCAGGCACUCGGCUUGGCUGAUCACACGGAAGACCUCACAGGAUUCCAAUUUGUCCAGUUCACGCAACGAUUCAUCUGCCUCAGCCACAACGGCCAGCACCUCCACAUUCCGGCUGUCCCGUUCGAGUGCUGGAAGCAGCACGCCGCUGCCCUCGAUAAUAGCUCACAAUGGUAAACAGAUGCACGACCCACUGAGCAAGCCGCGGCUCGUUCGCCAGGAGGCGGUGCAGGAGGAGGAGGACUCAUCGCCGCCACGUCUUGGUGUACGGUUUCUGCCCACCAUACCAUCUGCCGCGGACAGUUCGGUCAUUAUGGAGGACGGCGAUUCGGCCAGUGUGGCAGCUGGCAACGCCAUUAUGGGCAUGCCACAGCCAGGUGAUGCCAGUGGGUUUCUGGUAGCUCCACCGGCUCAGCUGCAGCCGGAGAAACCGCCGCCAGCGCCAAAUGAUGCGCCGCCGUGACGCAUAUCUGCAUUCUGGGGCAGCUGGAAGCGGCAGCAUGAGGAGACCUACCUGUAAAACGGGGAACAGAAAGCUCACUGUGUUCAUAGAUUGUAUAGCGCGGGGACAGGGGACAGACAUUGAGGGGGAGGGGGCAUAGUGUAAUAGUGGAACAUGGCCAUGUGAUGCAGCAGAGCAUCAGCUAACAUUUAUAUAAAUAAUCUUAAGUAGUCAAUUUCUUUGGGUUCGAGUCAAGGAUUUCAUUUAAACACACACACACACACACAAGUAUUAUGUACUACAUAUAUAUAUAUGUAAUUUAUUAAUUAGUUUAGUUAUCGAUCGAUAGGCUAGCCGAACCUAGCAUAUUUAGUGUUUAGACUAGCAUAGUUUAUAUAUGUCUAUAUUUCGAUAUGCGCGUAAAAUAUUUAGAAAAUGCUAAGCAUUUGUCGAUAUUACUUGAAGAACUUACUUGCAACGAGUUCUAUAUAAACACACAGCCAGUCACACACACACAUAUUGAAAACGAUUCAAACGAUAACGAAAC